GCCGCCGCUCCGCCGGCGCGGAGGUCAGCGCCGCGGGCACCUCCGGCACCGCCCGGCCCGUGCUGCCGCCCUGCGCGGCCGCUCCGGCUCCUAAUCUGAUUUUUUUUUUUUUUUCCUCCCUCCCUCUCUCCCUCCCCUUCUCCCCCCGCCUCCCAGCUCCGGCGUGCGCAUCGCCCGCGGGGAGCGGGGCUCGGGGCGCAGCGGAGAGCCGGCCAACCCAUAGCGGAGCGCGGCAUGCCCGCCCGGCAGCCCCCCGCCUGCUAGGCUCUCGUCGGCACCGAGGAGGCGGCGGAGGAGGAGCGGGGUCGGCGGCCGCCCGCCCGCCCCGUCGCAGCGCCCCGCAGCCGCCCGCGGGGGAGGCCAAGAUGGCAGAGGCGUCGCCCCCCGCCCCGCUCUCGCCCCUGGACGUGGAACUGGACCCCGAGUUCGAGCCGCAGAGCCGCCCCCGCUCCUGCACCUGGCCCCUGCAGAGGCCCGAGCUGCAGGCCAGCCCAGCCAAGCCCGCCGGCGAGUCGACCGCCGACGCCGCCUCCAUGAUCCCCGAGGAGGAGGACGACGAGGAGGAGGGGGGCGGCUCGGCCAUGACCGUCGGCAGCGCGGCCCCCGCGGGCGGAGAAGCAGCGGCGGCGGCGGCGACCGCCGCCGUGCCGGAGGAGGCGGCGCGGCUGCUGGCCCCGCUGCCCGGCGGCGGCCCGGAGGGGCCGAGCCUCUCGCCGGGGGGAGCGGCGGCGGCGGCGGCAGGCGGCGGGGGGCUGAGCGGGGGCCCGGCGGCGGCGCCGAGGAAGUGCUCGUCGCGGCGCAACGCGUGGGGCAACCUCUCGUACGCCGACCUCAUCACUCGCGCCAUCGAGAGCUCCCCGGAGAAGCGCCUCACUCUCUCCCAGAUCUACGACUGGAUGGUCCGUUGCGUGCCCUACUUCAAGGACAAGGGUGACAGCAACAGCUCGGCCGGGUGGAAGAAUUCGAUCCGGCACAACUUGUCACUCCACAGCCGAUUCGUCAGAGUGCAGAAUGAAGGCACUGGGAAAAGCUCUUGGUGGAUGAUCAAUCCAGAUGGUGGAAAAGGCGGCAAGGCGCCCCGGAGACGCGCUGUGUCAAUGGACAACAGCAACAAGUACACCAAGAGCAGAGGGCGGGCAGCAAAGAAAAAGGCAGCCUUGCAGACAGCCCAGGAGACAAGUGAGGACAGCCCUUCCCAGCUCUCCAAGUGGCCAGGGAGUCCCACCUCCCGCAGCAGCGACGAGCUGGAUGCAUGGACAGAUUUUCGCUCCCGUACAAAUUCAAACGCCAGUACGAUCAGUGGCCGCUUGUCACCAAUUUUGGCAAGCACCGAGCUCGAUGAUGUUCAAGAUGAUGAUGCUCCACUUUCUCCCAUGCUGUACAGUAGUCCAUCGAGCUUGUCCCCAUCGGUAAACAAACCAUGUACUGUGGAGUUGCCUAGGUUGACUGAUAUGGCUGGGACAAUGAACUUGAAUGAUGGACUGACUGAUAACCUCAUGGAUGAUCUCUUGGACAAUAUAACACUCCCUCCCUCCCAGCAGUCACCCACAGGAGGGAUAAUGCAGAGAAGCUCCAGUUUUCCUUAUGGUUCCAAAGGUUCAGGGCUGGGCUCCCCGUCAAGUAGUUUCAACAAUGCUGUGUUUGGGCCGUCGUCCCUGAAUUCCCUCCGCCAGUCACCCAUGCAGACAAUUCAGGAGAACAAGCAGGCCACCUUCUCCUCCAUUUCUCAUUACAACAACCAGACGCUGCAGGAUCUCCUCACCUCUGAUGCGCUUAGUCACAGUGAUGUCAUGAUGACACAGUCUGACCCACUCAUGUCACAAGCCAGCACAGCUGUGUCCGCCCAGAAUUCCCGCAGGAAUAUAAUGCUCCGCAACGACCCCAUGAUGUCGUUUGCUGCACAGUCCAGCCAGGGCGGUCUGGUCAAUCAGAACCUGUCCCAUCACCAGCACCAGACCCACAACUCCUCUCUUAGUGGCAGCCGUGCCUUGUCCAAUUCCAUCAGUAACAUAGGCUUGAGUGACUCCAACAGCUUGGGAUCCACCAAACAUCAGCAGUCACCUGUCAAUCAGUCUAUGCAAACACUUUCUGACCCGCUGUCAGGCUCCUCUUUGUACUCCUCUAGCGUGAACCUCCCGGUCAUGGGACAUGAGAAAUUCCCGAGUGACUUGGACCUGGAUAUUUUCAAUGGGAGCCUGGAGUGUGACAUGGAGUCCAUUAUCCGCAGUGAACUCAUGGAUGCCGAUGGGCUGGAUUUUAACUUUGAUUCCCUCAUCUCAGCUCAGAACGUUGUCAGUCUGAAUGUGGGGAACUUCACUGGUGCUAAACAGGCUUCAUCACAGAGUUGGGUACCAGGCUGAAGGAUCUUUGAGAACAGGGAAAACGGGCAAACAGGCCCUCAAACUGACACGAGAUGUAGAGAGAGAACCCUUUGCCAAAUCUGCUGUCAGCAAGUGGACAGUGAUACUGUUUACAGCUUACGACCUUUGUGAACCCUGCAUUAUUUUCCUAAUGAAGCAGACUGUUAAUAGAGGCCCCUUACUGGAGUGAAGAACCUACUUUUUUUCCCCCUCUUUUUCUUUUUUUUCCUCUUUUUUUGUUGAAAAUUGAACUCAUUCUGAAGUAUGCAAAAAUCUUCCUUUUCUGGGAUGGCCAAGCACCUGCUGUGGAGACAAUGUUCAGCACCAUCCUGUUGAGAACACGCUGUGUAGCCUUUACACUAGUUACUUGUCAAUGAGUAUGUGGUGUUUCAAUAUAUUAAUGGUUUAUGGGCUGUUUUAAGUUGGCUUUAGAGAUUUUCCCUAUCUGCCCACCCUCCCCCCUACAGCCUCCAGUUUGAUUUCCAUAGAUUUUUAGCCAUUUUUGCUUUCUCUCCCUGGGGAAUCUGAGGCACUGUGCACAUGCGUGGAAAUGACCCUAACCCAACACUGCUCAGGUGUCGGGGUUUUCUGAAGGUACAGCAUUUGUUAGUCCUGUCAGCCAGCUGGAUUCCAGAGAGAGGAUGUGCGUGGCCUGUUUGUUGGGUUGGUUGGUUUGUUUCUUUCUUAUUCUUUCCUUAAGUUUAAUGGUACACCCCUGUUUUCCAUAAGGGUCAGCCCAGAGUUGGUUGCAAAACAAGGGAAGCCAGUGAGUUUGCCGGCUCCUGAGGACGGACUGACAGCGGGUGCCGUUGCCCUCACAUGUAGCAAGGCAGGAGCCCCUUUCCUCCCCGCUGGAGCAGGCUUCCCUCCUGCCUUACGUUAGCAAAGCUGCCCUUGCUGCCACAGGGCGCUGGUGAGGAGUUAUGGGCUGAGCUGCCACGCAAGGUGGAUGCAGUCACCUGUAGAGAUGUGUUUGGAAACACAAAUUAAAGGAAACCGAGCGGCUGGGCAUCGGCAGGUGACUUGCAGUGACAAUGCCAGGAGCUGAGGCACAGUUCAUUGCAGGGUGUGUUAUGGCAUUAGAGAUCCUGUUUAUUUUUUUUGUUGUUGUUGUUGUUGUUUUGGACAUAUCCUUGAUUAUUUUUUCCUUCUCAUUAUGUAUAAUCCAUUGUGGCAGAAGAAGCAGGAGUGGGAAUGGCAAGGUGACAGUAUCACACAAAUGGCUUUUGAUACGAGUGCAGAUUGUAGCAGGAUAAAUGACACUGAAAGACAAGGCAGUUUUAUAUAUUUUGCUUCUAAGAUUUUUCUUUUGUAAAAUGAAUAAUAAUUAAUAAUAAUAAUGAAUAAAAGGUAUGGUGCUGUAUAGAUCCUCUCUAUAAUCUGGAAAGUUUGAUUACUUUUUAUUAGUAUCUGGGGAGGGAGGGAUAAAAAAAAAGGGGAAAACACCAGUGGUACAUAGGAAUUUGGUAUGAAGAGGUUCUGAAUAGGACAGUGUAUACAUAAUUCUCCAAAGCGAUAUAUGAAGUUUUUUUUUUCCUUUGCAUAAAAGCAUUAUGCAUAUAAAUAUAUAAAUAUAUUUUAUUAUGUACAGAAAUGGAUCAUUAUGCAUGGAUGUUAGGAAAACAAAACUAGCAUUUUAACCCAAGGUCUCAGUGCAUGAGUUCCCACCGACCCAUAUCCCAUGCAAUGUGGAGUGACUCCCUCUCGCCACUGCCACCACACAUGCGCAGUCAUGCACCAACACUCACAAGCAUUCGUGGGCCCUUCCUCACUCCUUACUUUCCAGGUCCCUGAGGUGUUUUUGGUGAAACAACGGCUCCUAGUGUGAUGGAAGUUUUGGUUUUGUACCGUAGCCCCCAUGCUGUUGUUCUGUCAAGAUGCACCUCUUGGUUUCUCCCCCCAGUUACGACUGUGUAGGCUCUGUGCAGUUGUGGUUAGCAUAAUCCUGUAGCAUAUCAACUCUUUCAAGCAGCCAAGGGUUUAUCAUUUGCCUUUUAAAAAAACCUUCUUUUUACACUGAGGGGUUCUAUUUGCUAGCACGUGGCCCAGUUUAUUGCAUUCAUUGGAGCUGGCUGGUGCACACUGCCCAUGUCUAUCAGCAGUCUGCUUCCCAGGAUGCUUGUGUGGCACAGCUGGGCACCCUGCUUACCCGAGUCCAGUUGCAGGCACCUUUUACUGAAAUUUGUCAGGAGUUCAUCCCUGGCCUCCCCUGAGUGUGUGCCACGAGCUCUUAGCUUCCUGGCCCACCCAAAAUGUGAGCAUAUGCUGAAAGACUUCCCUCUGGUGUUUCUUUUGCUGAGGCUUCUCUGUAGUUGCUGCCCUGUGGCUGGACUUGUGCCCCAGCCCCAUGUUUUGGCUGUCAGCAGAGCUCACUUGGUGGCUUCCUGAGCUGAGGUGCAGCUUUUGAUCCCUACGCAGAUGAGCCUCCAGUGAGACCUGUUGUGCUGCCCAAAGACCCACUGUCACUGACAGAUCAGUAAAGCCUGACUUGAUGGUAUGGCCAAAGUGACCAAACCCCAUAAUUUUUUUUUCUUGGUACAGAUUCAGUUCUUGUCAAAGGCAAGGGAAGGCCUGUUGAAAGCUUAAAUGAAAUGGCUGCAAAUUCUGCUCUGUUGCAGCAACUUAGCCUGCUUUCCACUGGCAGAAAUGAGAAACAAAACUAUGGCCUGUUCUGUUCAGAAAAUGGAGAAAAAACACUUGAUUUAGAGACAGCCCAUCAAUGGCAGAGAAGUUUUGGGGUUUUUUUUGGUUUUUUUUUUUUUUGGUUUUUUUUUUGUUGUUUUUUUUUUUUUUUUUUGUUUUUUUUGUUUUUUUUAAGAAAUAAUAAAAGCAUUAGUGGCUGAAAGGCUUAACCAGCCUCCCAGCAAUGUCAAGGGGAGCAUUUCCAUUGGCGUGGUUGGGACAGCUUGGGCCCCUGCUUUGGAGAACAUCCCAGCACUCUCUGAAGAGGAAUGGACUUAGCCAGCCUCUUCAGUUUGGUUUGGUUUCUCUUGCUCAAUUUUGGGGCCAAAAUUUUCAAGCAGAAGUGCCUGGUGUCAGGCACCAAACAUCAGGGACUGCAGCGUGGUCACAGGGGAUGAGCUGCUCAGCUCUCAGGGCUUCUUGAAGGAAGGGGAGGGGACAGGUCCCCCCAGGCCCAGGGGAAGGUCAUCACCCUCUUCACCUGCUGAGGUGCCCAGCAAAGGCCCUUUACUCCAGAGGUGCUAAAUAAAAAGUAAAUAAAUCAAUCUCCCUGAAUUCAAAGGGCCAGUUAUUUAGGUGUCAAAAUUAAGCCUUGAAUAGCUAGUUUGGGGAACCUACUUUUUGAAAAUUUGGCCUUUGGGUCUUUGAACAUGUUUAUGCCUGGAAAUUGUCCUUGUGAAAUCAUGUAAAACAGAUGAAGGUCAAGGUCACAAUUACAUUGUUGUUUUUUUGAACACUUGGUCUAAACAAAAGCUCUAAAAAGGUGUUAUUUAUGCAGUUUCUAUUCACAGGUUGGGGCUUGAUUUAAUGAUUUUGUAAAAGAAAUUUUCUCUUAAGAAUAAUCAGAUAGUUAAACACUGCUUAACUCCAGAAAUUUUUCUGCCACUGCCUAAAAAAGUUACCUUUUAGGUCUUGUAUUUCUCCAAAAUUAUAUCAUUGCUUGGCAAUUUGUGUCCUGUAAGUGUUUCAAGUACACAAUAUACCUUUGGAAUUGCCAACAGAUGCGAAGGGGGACCAGAUACAUUUCGUAACUAUGGGUUGGAAAAAAUGGAUUGUACAUUUGGCUUCACAUGUUUAACUUUUUUUUUAAAAAGUUGCAUGAUUGGAAAAAAUAUGUAUACAGUAUCUGUAAAACUGUUUUAUCUGUUUCUGUUUCAAGCCAUGUAAAUUGGAAGAAUAUUAAAUCCACAGCCUUAUCGCGCAUGGCCGUCUUUACAUACCGAAGAGCUGAACAGUUUGUACUUUUCAUUUGGGCUAUCUUGUACUUUCAUUUGAAAGCAGACACUCUCAUGUUGCAGUCUUACUGAGGAUUUUAUAUUUAAAAAACAAAAAAAAAAAACAAAAAAAAAAAAGAAAACAAAGAAAAAAGAUGCUGCCCUGGAGGAAUAUAUUACCUUACUACUCAGAGGUUGGAAGGAAGUUUGUUUUGGAGCAAAACCUGCCCCUUUCCAAAUGAAGUAGAGACGCAGUGCUUACUCCACUUGGUGUUAGUAGAUAUUGCCUUGUGUAUUCCAUUUUAAAUUGUAAUCUAGUUUGUAAAAGAGAUGGUGACGCAUGUAAAUAAAGCGUAAUGGAUCUCUACAUUGCA